UGGUCGUUGUUGCAGAUUUUUAAAAUUGUAUCUUUUGGAAUAGGUGGUAAGAUGGCAUAGUGGUUAACUGUGUCAUUGCAUCUCCAGGAAUGAGGGUUCAUUUCCCACCAUAGGUCUGUGUGUAUGCGUGGAGUUUGCAUGUUCUCCCCAUCUUGGUGGUUUUCCUCAAAGUACUCAUGUUUCCUCCCACAGUUUAAAGACAUUUUGCUUAAAGAUUAGGCUAAUUGGUGCUUGUGUGAUAUGUACAUGUGUGCCCUGUGAUAGACAAUUACAUUUUUUGUCUGAUUUAGUCUUGCAAGAACCAUUAGAAUGCCUAACCCAUCAAAUGUAAGGCCUUUACUAUAACUUGUAGAAGUUAAAUUGAUACACUCUGGUUUUCAAUUUACUGUAUCAUACUGGCAUUAUGAUUCAAUUUAAUUCUCAUGAUAUGGUUAAACCAAAUUUGAAUACAAAAAAAUAUGACUAAAAAGGCAUUUCUCAAUAAUAAACCAUGCAAACUAAUAAAAAAAUUAUUAUGCCUUGUUAUGCCUAUAAUUAUUUUCCACCGUUAAGUUGACCACUUUUGGUAAGCCUGAGACCAAUGCAGCCUCAGUUUGCAGUUCUUGGCUGACAAAAAUGGAGCCCGACAUGGUCUGCUCCUGUUAUACCCCACAUAACACCCGUCAAUGUAAUAAACAGCUUUUAAGGUCAUAAUCCUACAAAUGUUGUAAACUGAUUCAGUGUGAUUUACUGGGCAUUUUUAUUUGUAGAACUACUUCUUGUGCCUUUUCGUUGUGUGGACUGUAAAGGAAGAUGUGUAAAAAUGAAUGUGAAAUGAUCUAUAUGGUAGAUUCUGCUAUUGGCUUGCAAACCCUUUACAGUUAAUGUUGUGCACUUACAGUAUCAUGUCCAUUUUAUGUAAGCCUUCUGUAAAUGUAUUCACAUGUAUUUAUUUUGCUUAUAAUUUUUGUAUAUUAAAAAUCAUAAUAUUAUAUUAGGUGGGGGAAACACACAGUGUAUGAUAGUGAGGUACAGCUCAGGUUGCGGGGAAAUUCAGGCAGCUAUGUGGAACAAGUGGUAACAUGCUUGUAGUGUAAAAACAAGGAACUGAUGAGGCUAUGACUGGCUACGCUGGAAUCUCUUCCCAUUUUUUAAAAUUGAUUUCAUUAUUUUUACAACUUAACGGUAGAUAAAGUAAAACAGCUGUAAUGGCAACUUGUCAAGCUACUAAGUACAUCCUGUUUAUAUGCUGCUACAUAUUCUGGGUGGCUAGUGGAGUUAUGAUUGCUGUGGGGAUCUACGCUAAAGUAGCCAAGGAAAAUGAUGUAGUGGAUACGUUGGCAACAGAUCCAGCUCUCCUGCUGCUCACGUUAGGAUCCUUAACAUUCAUCAUAACAUUCCUGGGAUGUUUCGGAGCACUGCGGGACAUUGCCACACUGCUGAAAAUGUUUUUAGGAAUUUUAAUGGUCAUCCUGUUCCUGCAAAUGGCUGCUGCUGUUCUGGGCUUUGUCUUCUCAGACCUGGUGCUGAGGAGGACAGAACUGCUAAUGAACAAAGCCAUUGUGUUAUACCGAGAGGAUAUGGAUUUAGAAAAUGUGAUUGAUUUUGUGCAGAAAAAGUUCCUGUGUUGUGGAGUGAAUAAUUACUUAGAUUGGUCUAAGAAUGCAUAUUUCAACUGUUCUGAGAAUAACCCCAGCCUGGAAGCCUGCGGUGUCCCUUUUUCAUGUUGUGUACGCCAUCCGACUGAGACUGUGUUCAAUUCAAUGUGCGGCUACAAAUCUCAGGGGAAGACAGAAUCUUUAGUCAUGGAGCGCAUUUAUAUUCAUGGAUGCCUAAACAAAAUGGUGCUGUGGGGAAAACAGAACCUGCUGCUGGUUGGAGGAAUCAGCAUUGGCUUGCUCUGCUUGGAGAUAUGUAUGAUUACACUGGCAGCGGCGCAGCUAAGCCAUAUCCAGAAAAAUGAGAAGAAGAAGUAAAAUCAUACUGUAGGCCAAAAACAAGGGGUGAUUUAAACUCUUGUCCGAUAUCUGCAUGUAUUUAUUCACUAUAUGCAGUACAUGUAUGCAAGAACAUAUAAGCAGAAGAUUUUUUUUAAUUAUCAUUAUUAUUACUGAAGCCUGUGAUUAAAAUUGUGAAUUAUUCUGUUCUUGAAAAUGAGCCUUUGAUCUAAAUGUUUUAUCAUGAAACAUAUUUUUACAAAGUGUACAUACGUUGUUUUAAUAUGAAUGUUGGGAUUAAUUACAAUUUUGUAAGAAAAGAAAUGAUCAUAUACAUGCUUUUACACAUUAUUAUUAAC